AUGGCGGAGACAGCAGUGCCGAGUCAGGAGGAGAGCAGCACGCUGCUCGUCGGCGUGGGCAAGGCGGCCAGCGCCAUGUCGUCAAAGGAAAUCAAGAACGCACUGGAGAAAGGCGACACCACCGCCCGCGUGAAUGCCCUCAUGGCCAUCAUCCGCCUCCACGUGAACGGCGAGCCGCAGAACUACCUGAUCAUGUCCGUCAUCCGCUACAUCACCCCCAUCGAUGACCACCUCAUCAAGAAGCUCGUCUUGUACUUUUGGGAGGUGGUUGACAAGCGCGACGCAGACGGCAAACUCCUCUCUGUCAUCAUUCUCAUCUGCAGCUUCCUGCGCAGUGACCUGCUCCACCCUAACGAGUACGUGCGAGGCCUGACGCUGCGCUUCCUCUGUAAGGUGAAUGAGGUGGAGCUGAUCGAGCCGCUCGUGUCGGCAGUGGUGCAGAACCUGUCGCACAAGGUCGCCUAUGUGCGGCGCAAUGCUGUGCUGGCAGUGCACUACAUCUUCAAGAAGUUCCCGAAGUUGCUCCCCGAUGCCCCGGAGCUGGUGGAGUCGGCGAUCCGCACCGAGACGGAUGUUUCGACGUGCCGCAACGGCCUCGAUUUCCUUGCUGCCUUCGUGCCUGAGCGCGCGGCGAGCUACCUCAGCGACUUUCGCGACUCGCACACGCUGUCGGCCGUCGAUGGGCCGUUUCUGAUGUCCGUGGUGGAGUUCUGCCGUCAAAUGAUCCGCGCCAACCCGUACGAGAAGGCGCGCUACGUCCCGGUCCUCUUCUCUGUUCUGCAGAGUAAGAGCGCCGCGGUGCGCUACCAGUGCGCGACGACCCUGCUGAGCCUCUCCUCGUCUCCCACGGCGAUCCGGCAGGCGACGCUGACCUACGUUGACAUCAUCAAGGUGCACUCCGACAACAGCGUGCGGCUGAUUGUGGUCGAGCAGCUGAACCAGAUGCGUGGGUUGUACCUCUACGUCCUGCAGGACUCGCUGCUCGACAUCCUCAGCGUGCUACAGGACGGCUCCAUGACCAUUCGCGAGCGUGUAAUCGAGCUGGCGGUCGAGCUGGUCACGCGUCGCAACGCCGAGACGUUCAUGCAGGCAAUGAGGAAGGAGCUGCUGCGCACCAAUAGCGUGGACUUUGAAGUAGAAGAUGCCAACGCCGCCAUGGCGUAUCGACUGCUGAUCAUCAAGGCCAUAAAUACGGCGCUGCUGCGCCACCCGCCGUCGGCGCCGUCGAUGCUGCCGGUGCUGCUCGACUACCUGUGCGACACGACCAGCACUAGCAAGGAGGUCAUCACUCUCAUCAAGGAGGUGCUACUCUCCCAGCCAGAGCUGCGCCGCGACACGAUGAAGAAGCUGUCGGACAUCUUUCCCAUGAUGACGUCAAGUCCCGUCAUGCGCACAGCACUCUGGAUGUUCGGCGCGUACGCGUCGUCCGCGGACGAGGUGCUGCAGACGCUGCGCAUGCUCAAGGACGCGGUCGAGCCACUGCCGUUUGAGGCCCCCAAGCCUGUCUCCGGUGACGCAGCCAGCCUCAACACCGCCGCGGCCACCAAAAACACCUCUUCCCAGUCCAACAUGCGCGCCGUGACGACAGUCCUCGAGGACGGCACGUACGUGACCACCUACACCACGGCCACUCCAGCACCCGCGGCGACCGCGACGAAUGGUCAUGGUGAGGGCGACAACAAUGAUGUGAGCAGCAGCGGGCUGCGCUUGGAGCUGCUCAGAGGAGGCUACUUCCUCGCCACCGCCCUCGCCAGCACCCUCACCAAGCUUGUCGUGCAGCUGUUCACCGGGGAGGCUAAGGGGAGCGUGGAUGCGGCGACGCGCAACGCGGCUCAGUCCGAUGCCCUCGCCAUUCUACGCGAGGUACUGCGCUACGGCACGGAGGCGGACUCGUUGCACCCCAUCAGUGCCGACACCAACGAGCACCUCCUCCUGAGCAUCGAGCUUCUCUCCAAUCCGCAGGCCCCUUUCAUGGUCGACGUGCUGCACGCCUCCUUGGAGGCGCUAGGGCGUGCGGAGCGGCGGUCGACAAGGGAGGCUGGCAAGACCGACGGCGGCGGCGCUGCCACCGCUUCUGCUGCCGCUGCCGUGCAGCUGAACGGCAUCGACACGCCUGUCGUGUUCUCGCAGCUGAGUGAGGGCAAGGAUGCCGUCCUCGAACUCGAGGCCGCCGCUGAGGGCCCGGGUGCCGCGGCGAAGGAUGAGAGCAGCGAGCGCAAGGCGCAGCUGUUCCUGAAGAAGCUGGAGGACACGAUGCCGCUCUCCGGCUUUAACGACCCCGUCUACUGCGAAGCCAGUAUCACGGUUCAUCAGUUCGACGUCUCCGUCGACUGGCUGCUGGUGAACUGCACUUCGAAGCAGCUGACGAACCUCACCAUCGAGCUCGUCUCGCUCGGCGGCAUGAAGCUGUGCGAGCGGCCGCAGACGUACACCCUCAACCCCCACGAGACGAUUUCUGUGCGCACCUCGCUGAAAGUGAGCGCCACCGAGAGUGGCGUCAUCUACGGCACCGUGUUGUACGACGCGCCGAACAAUCAGCACUGCAGCUUCAUCCUGAACGACAUCCAUGUGGACAUCAUGAACUACAUUCGUCCAGGCCCGUGCUUGUCGGCGGAGUUCCGAGAGAAGUGGGGGAUCUUUGACUGGGAGAACAAGAUCGCCGUGUCGACGACGAAGCGUGAUCUGGCCAGCUUAGUGCGCUUCAUUGUGCAGGAGUUGAACAUGCAGCUGCUGGAGCCGUACGAGGUGGAACAGGAGGUGGAACAGGACCCGGAGCUAGAGCUUCUACCCACUUCGGAAGAGAACGAGAAGUACGCGUACGUCUCGUGCAACCUGUAUGCCAAAACCGCCUUUGGCGAGGACGCCUUGGCGAACGUGAGCGUGGAGAGCGACGGGAAGGGUUUGGUGAGUGGCGUGAUUCGAAUUCGCUCCAACACGCAGACCAUCGCCUAUGGCAUCGGUGAAAAGCUGAACAUGCUCCAGAAGUCCGGAAAGCUGUAA